AUACAAAAAAGUCUCCAACUUCAACCACCACCACACUUCACCUAAACCCUCUCUCAAUGAACCCAAACUUCGCCGGAAAACCCCUCCCCGCCGCCUCCUUCCACGGCGGCGGCCGUAUGGACCUCGACCAGAUGCCAGACACACCCAAUCGCCGAACCACCCACCACCGCCGCGCCCAAUCCGAAACCUUCUUCCGCUUUCCCGACGACGACAUCCUGCUAGACGACGUCGUUGCAGACUUCAAUUUCGCCACCAUAGACUUACCUUCUAUUCCCACCACAACCGCCGAUUCGGAUGCAGAGUCUUCGGAUGUUAACGCCGUUAGAUCCACGGCUACUAAGGCUGACGCCGUUAAUCAUCAUCAUGUACGGAGUUUGUCGGUUGAUGGUGAUUUUUUUAAUGGGUUAGGGUUUAGCGCCGCCGCUGACGGCGGUGGUGGCUACCGUCAUAGGCGUAGUGGGUCGGUUGAUGGGUCUAAUGCGUCGUCGUUUGAUGGGGAUUCGGUGUUGAUGAUGGUGGAUAAUUCGAAGAAAGCUCUUGCCCCUGAUAAGUUAGCGGAACUUGCUUUGGUUGACCCUAAAAGAGCUAAAAGGAUUCUUGCUAAUAGACAAUCGGCUGCGCGAUCAAAAGAGAGGAAAAUACGUUAUACGGGUGAGUUGGAGAGGAAAGUGCAAACCCUUCAAAAUGAGGCAACAACACUCUCAACCCAAGUGACCAUGCUCCAGCGGGAUACAACCACUCUAACUUCUGAGAAUAAGGAGCUCAAGCUGCGGCUACAAGCGAUGGAGCAACAUGCAAAACUCACAAAUGCUUUGAACGAAACCUUAAAAGCAGAAGUGCAGCGUCUCAAAAUCGAGACAGGCCAAAUGCCACCACUUAACGGAAUGAACUACAACCGAUCAUUGCCACCUCAGCAUGCGCAUAUGUUUCAUCACUUCGCUAACCAGCCAUCUCAGCAGCAACAGCAGCAGAAUCGAAUGCCCGAUUCAACCACUAACCGUCCACCCAGGCCCACCUUCAUGGACUUCAAUUAAUAGAACCCGGGUCGAGUUAAGAAGUAAAGAUUUUAUAUGUCCAUUUUUAUGAAAUAGGUGGGUAGCAUAUCAUAUUGUAGAUACAAAUAUGGGAGAUUGUUGAAAUAUUUGUUGCAAGUAUUUAUCUUUGUAAGGGUUUUUUUU